GCCGCGCAGCGUGUGACGCCGCGGCUGCUGCGGAGCUGGGGAUUAAUGGGAAAAGUUUUGGCAGGAGCCGGAGGAUCCUGUGGAGCCUGCGGGACGGCAGUGGUGGCGCGGGAGGCGGCCAGGACAGGUCUUCCCUGGUCAGGGAAAACAGUGUUUUGUGGUGUUUUGGGCAUGUACGUGGUACUCACGCAGUGGCUUCUGCUCACCAACAGAUGAGGACAGAUGCAUCAAAGAGGUUGACAGGAACCACCCUGUAGAGGUCCAUCUGAGUUCAGACCCAGAUGAUGCCAGAACUAUGACCGGGCCUGCAGGCGUGGCGCCGAGGGGAAAUAAGCCAUGGAGCAGCCACCGGAGGAAGCCCCUGAGGUUCGGGAAGAGGAGGAGAAAGAGGAAGUGGCAGAGACACAAGGAGCCCCAGAGCUCAAUGGAGGACCAGAGCACUCACUUCCUUCCAGCAGCUAUACAGACCUCUCCCGGAGCUCUUCGCCACCAUCACUGCUGGACCAGCUGCAGAUGGGCUGUGACGGGGCCUCAUGUGGCAGCCUCAACAUGGAGUGCCGCGUGUGUGGAGACAAGGCAUCAGGCUUCCACUACGGUGUUCACGCGUGCGAGGGGUGCAAGGGCUUCUUCCGUAGGACAAUCCGAAUGAAGCUGGAAUAUGAGAAGUGUGAGCGGAGCUGUAAGAUCCAGAAGAAGAAUCGCAACAAGUGCCAGUACUGCCGCUUCCAGAAAUGCCUGGCACUGGGCAUGUCGCAUAAUGCCAUCCGCUUUGGCCGGAUGCCAGAAGCCGAGAAGAGGAAGUUGGUGGCAGGGCUGACAGCAAGCGAGGGAAGUCAGCACAACCCACAAGUGGCUGAUCUGAAGGCCUUCUCCAAGCACAUCUACAAUGCCUACCUGAAAAACUUCAACAUGACCAAAAAGAAGGCCCGCGGCAUCCUCACGGGCAAGACCAGCCACACGGCGCCCUUUGUGAUCCACGACAUCGAGACAUUGUGGCAGGCAGAGAAGGGCUUGGUGUGGAAGCAGCUGGUGAAUGGCCUGCCACCCUACAAGGAGAUCAGCAUACACGUCUUCUAUCGCUGCCAGUGCACCACAGUAGAGACUGUGCGUGAGCUCACCGAGUUCGCCAAGAGCAUCCCCAGCUUUGGGAACCUCUUCCUCAACGACCAGGUGACCCUUCUCAAGUAUGGCGUGCAUGAGGCCAUCUUCGCCAUGCUGGCCUCCAUUGUCAACAAGGACGGGCUGCUGGUGGCCAACGGCACUGGUUUUGUCACCCGUGAGUUCCUGCGCAGCCUCCGCAAGCCUUUCAGUGACAUCAUCGAACCCAAGUUCGAAUUUGCUGUCAAGUUCAAUGCCCUGGAACUUGAUGACAGUGACCUGGCUCUCUUCAUUGCAGCCAUCAUUCUGUGCGGAGACCGGCCAGGCCUCAUGAACGUGUCCCAGGUGGAGGCCAUCCAGGACACCAUCCUGCGUGCCCUCGAGUUCCACCUGCAGGCCAACCACCCCGACGCCCAGUACCUCUUCCCCAAGCUGCUGCAGAAGAUGGCUGACCUGCGGCAGCUGGUCACAGAGCACGCCCAGAUGAUGCAGCGGAUCAAGAAGACUGAGACGGAGACCUCGCUGCACCCCUUGCUCCAGGAGAUCUACAAGGACAUGUACUGAAGUGCAUACCCAGGGCCUCCCAGCAGGCCUCUGGGGGCUGAGAAUACGGAGCAGGCAGACAGUGCUGGGACAGGUGCCACUCACGGGACUUUCCUGUUGGCCAGCCCUGCAAACAGCAUGGCACAGGAGCAGUGGGAUCACACAUACUGGUGUGCUCAGGCCCAUGGUCUCUCGUUCUCCAUAUUCCCUUCUUCCUUCUCCCUUCGUCUCCUUCUCAGUUCCUCUUCUCUAAUUUCUUUACCCUUUCUCUUCUACAGGUUCCUCUCUUCCUUCCUCCCUUUCUUUCUCCCGUCUCUUUGUCUGUCCCUCUUUCUCUUUCUCUGAGACAGUUUGUGUUAUUUCACCAGCAGCAUAGAACAAGACCUCUGCUUUUGCCCCCCGUCCCCUGGAGCAGAAGGGAGUGGGGCCUACCCUCUGCGUGAAGUCACCUGCAAGGGUGGCGGCCUCAUCCUGUUCCUGUCUUCACAGCGAGGGACUUGAGCCAUCCAAAGAAACACUAAGCUCUCUGGGCUUAACUUCCUGGGGAAGCUGAGCAUGGUGUGGGCUGACUGCAGCAGUGGCCCCUAGUCACUGGGUCCCUAUCCUGAGGGCCAGGAUACCUCCCCAAGGCUGAGGCUGGCACCCCCUGACCCAACCGACCCUGCUCCAGCAGCACGCUUCCCCCCCACUGACACCCAACAUCCUUUUUGUUCUUUUCACCGGUCUUCCAGGCCAGUGUCACUAAUGGCCCCCUGCGCUGGCCGCUGGUGGGUCCCCCCGCAACCUGGAAGGAUGUGGGAUUUCCUCCAGGUGGGGGCUCCCACACCCCUAUUGAAGAGGAGUGAGCCUCAAGUAGGCAGAGGUUGUUGAGGAAAGCAGAGAGCAGUGAACUUAACUCUGACCCCAGGCAUCAGGGUCAGCCCUCCAUCAGCACCCCACACUCUGCCAGCAGUCUGCAGCAGCCUCUAAGUCCUGCCUUUGUUUUGUCAGCACCACAGAUCUCAUCUCUCUCCCAGGGCCAAGGCCUUGCCUCACACAUGACCACGUUCCUUUGUCUAGCCAGGAGAUGCUAGCACUGGCUCGAGCUCAGCUGAAGCUCAGGCCCGUCCCCCACACACACUCCCUGGAGCUGCCACUCCAGCACACACCACAAGCACUGAAUUCACUUUAUCCGCAGGUUCCACACCCCUCACCCUUCCCUCUGUAAGGCAGGUACAUGCUGAGAGGAGCCUACAGGUGGAUAGGCAGAGAGCUAUGCACCCCUGUUCCCAGGGAUGAACCAAGUCUGUUUAUUGUGACAUCUAUUUGUCCCAACCACUCUGCUACCCUCCCCUUUCCCUGUAUUCAGCCCAGCUGGUCACCUAGAACCUUGCACAGCCUCUGGUCACAGGGACCUUGCCGGGCUAGUCCCACUCCUCUGGCCUCUGCCCCUCCUCUCCACCUCCCCAGGUACACUCAGUGCCCCAGAGGAGGGGCUAAAGCACAGCUAGUAGUGCUGUUUCUGAGCAGGAGGGCAGAGAGCCCCGCUAGGCUGCUUUUCCGGGGAAGAAACUGGCUGGAGGGCUGAGGGACUGGCUAGGAUCUCUGAGAAAGGUGGUUGAAAACCUGGGGUUAGAGCCCAGGAUUCCUGGGUCCUCUGUGGCCCUCCUUCGAAAGGGGCCUUUCUGACUGACUGCAGCUCUGGGAAGAAAUGCCCUAGAGAAAGGACAGUCCCAGUGUCUGCGCUGGCCAGCACUAUGGCCCCCCAUGCCCAAGGAUCACUCUGCUGGCAAGAUUCUUCCCCCUCUCCUCCCACCCUCGCUGACCAGGGAUUUGGGUUAGGGGUGUUUCCUUUGGGCCAGCACUGUGAAGGGAGAGAAGCUGUGCCUGACCUCCCCCUCCCCCACCACCUGCCCCAUCUCUAUCCCCCGCCUAGUUCUGGUGCUGAGAAUACAGCUCUUCUCGGUGUCUGAACAGUCUCCAAAAUUGAAAUGUAUAUUUUUGCUAGGAGCCCUAGCUUCCUGUGUUUUUAAUAUAAAUAGGGUGCACAGACAGAACUUUAAAUAAAUGAGAAUUAAAUAUUUAAGAGCUGA